AUGCCUCCUGUACCUCUCAGCCCUCCCAAUGAGAAGGCUGCCAAGGAGGAGCAGCAGAGAGACAAGAACCACAUGGUCAGUGUCGAGGACUUGGAGCGCAAGCUUGCCGAGGCCAGACGUUUUGCUGAUGACAAGGAAGCUGGUCUGCGCCGUCUGGUCAAGAGAAACAGAAAGGUCAUUGGCCUGACUCACUGA